AUGAGAUCGGUAGCUAUAUCCGACGCUCUGCCGCCGCCGCCGUUGUCGGUGCCGCAAUCCGUAUGGCAUUCUCCGGUGUCGUACCUCUUCGGAGGCCUCGCCGUGAUGCUCGGCCUCAUCGCCUUCGCCCUUCUUAUCCUCGCCUGUUCCUACUGGAAACUAUCUGCCCACAUCUACGGCGGCGGUGGCGGCGGUGGCGGCAGUGCCACAGCCGCCGCCCCUAAAUUGGCGGUGGCAGCGGCGGCGGCAGCGUCACCGCAGCCGCCAUCGAGCUUCGUGGUCAUCAUGGCGGGAAACGACAAGCCCACGUUCAUCGCCAUGCCGAUGCGUGGCCGCGCCGUGGACGUGCCCAUGCAGGGUGGCGGUGGUGGCGGCGACGAGGGUGCGGUAACCACACCGGGGGGCCGAGAGUGA